AUGACUAUGCUGCAAAACCCCCUUCCCUUGGCGGAACUGAGCCAGAUGCUGGAAGCUGCCUUGCUCUUGCAAAACCAGAAGCAGCAGACGGGCGAAUUGGAGAAGAUAGUGGAACAACUGAAACUCUCACCCUCAUCGGCGGAACAAGAAGCUUUGAAGAAAAGAACGCUGUUCGAGCUACAUGGGAGAAGGGUCGAGAGUCAUAUACGUGACGGCAUUGCGAAGCUUCAAUCUGAGUGCUCCCCUACAUGGGUUUCUUUAUCCUCCCAGAUCGUUAAGUACCGGCUUCAGAACAACCGCAGAUUGGAUCGUGUCUUCGACGACAUCAGCAACAGAACGCGUAGCGCACUGGAGACAAAUGACAGAUUGGACCUUGACAUCGCCCAAGCCGCGAAAGCGCUCCAAGAAAAAGCGCAGAAGUUGAAAUGGACGUAUAAGAACGACUCCUGGACUGCACGCGCGAUUUUACGCGAAUGCGAUGCUCAGUUUUCGAAAUCUAAAGACCCUAACAAAGAAAGGGAACAGCGACGCCAAGAGAAGCUGGCGCUGCUGAUCUACCACCUCAUGAAUGAGCUGUUUCCAAUACUGGGUGCGGGUGUUAUCCUUAUAUAUGCGGCGAUGAGGGAACAACACUGUUAUCUCGAUGAAGCGAGGCGAGAUAUACACGAUAUUCCAGGGUUCGCAAACUUCGCAGCUAAACGGGUUGAGACAAUCGAUAUCUCCGAGAUCAAGAAUGUCGCUGUGCACUUUCCCCUUGCUGUCGUGGGUUGGGCUCUCGGAAAGAGCUUUUUCGAAAUCUGCGAACUUUUACGUCUCCAUAGCCUCAAAUGUAUGGCAUUGAACUAUGACAAGUUUGACGAAGCUGAGGAGGAGUAUCUUGCUGCUCAAGAACAUCUGAUGGCAGAUCAGGAGGACGCCGGGAUAAGGCUUGAUCGGGGGUUAUCCCUUUCAUUCGAAGAGCUCCAGGAGCAAGCGGCCGGCGAGGGUAAAAUGACCAAUCACCAGGAACACACAGCAUCCUUGUCAUCCAUGUCCUCGUCUGAGGGACCAAUGGCAUCACUCCUCAGCUCUGACGAUGCUGGAGCAGGAUUGGGUGGCACGAACGAGUGUCAAAUCGGCAGCGGCCACCUGGCGUCAUGUGACAACCCUGCAGCCCAAAACCCAGCGUGCGCCAGAGGAACAGACGCUGCAGUAUCAAACGAAGAAUCACUUUUUUGCCCGACCCAACCUUCUACCGACAGCGGCUACAUGAGCAACGUGGGGAGCCAACAGUGGCAUCACGCUACGUCGGUGACGUCAUCGUCAGGCGCCUUCUUACUCCCAAGCCCACUGUCUUCUCACCUCCAUACCCAGCAGGGUACGGCGGCCGCUGCUGGCGAGAGCGGCGGAGAAGGGGCUGGUGCAGCAGCCGGGCAGAAGAGACCCCAGGUCGAGGAUAUUCCUACCUCAAAGAGGCACAGGCCAAGCGCAGAAGAGACGGCCGAGAACUCGGACCCCAGCGUGGUAUCCGACCCUGCCUCAACUUGUAGCACUGCUCCGCGAGGCGACACCGCAUCGAGGACCCCGAGCAUCACUGCAGACCCCGCGCAGCAACGAAUGUUCGAGGUAUCUCCACAAGAAGAAGAUAUAGAGACAAGUCCAAGCCCCUAUGACUGGCAACUCGAUUGGGGCAGUGAGGGUGACGGCAUCCCAGCAACAUCUGGAAUGCCAGAGAUCGACUUAGAUGAGAUAUGCGAAGCGAUGCCAGAGAGCGAAUGGGAGAAGAUGCUCGAAGAGAUAGCACAGAGCGGCUGGGGAGAUACGGAUAAUAGCAUUUCGGCGACAUCUGGAAUGGCACAAGUGGAAGAUUCAUAG